GGACCAAACUCAUGACCCCCGAGAGGCGCCGAGCUAUCUGGGCCAUUUAUGUUUGGUGCCGGAGAACCGACGAGCUAGUGGAUGGUCCGAACGCGUCCCACAUCACCCCGAGGGCUCUAGACAGAUGGGAGGAGCGCCUGGAUGAGCUCUUCCAAGGUCGACCGUACGACAUGCUGGAUGCUGCUCUCUCAGACACCAUCCAGACAUUCCCUAUGAGCAUUCAGCCCUACAGGGACAUGGUCGAUGGCAUGCGGAUGGACCUGAGGAAGUCCCGUUACCGCACGUUCGACGAGCUCUACGUGUACUGCUACAAUGUGGCCGGCACUGUCGGCCUUAUGAGUGUUCCUGUCAUGGGAAUCGACCCCAAGUCUAAAGCGCCUGUAGAAGAUGUGUACAAGGCUGCUCUGGACCUUGGCAUUGCCAAUCAGCUCACAAACAUCUUGAGAGAUGUUGGAGAAGAGUAA